UCACUUAACAGACGCACACCUUAAUGAUUUCAGACAUGACUCAUCACAAUAACUUGGACCAUCCGUGCUUCAGGAGCAACAAUUCUGUUCUGUGGCAUAAAAUUACACUUUCUAAAUUUUGUCUUUAUUGUCAGACUCACAACAGCUUAAGUGCUUAAUUUACCCACAAUGUAAUACAACCUCCAAUAAUAUGGCUCAUGAUACUGACUUGCUAAAGGGUGUUAAUAGCAGCUAAUGUGUCACCUCAAAGCUGAGAGUGGAAUAAAAGGUUUGAUGAGAUUUUUCUGAUCUGACACUAACUCAAGUGACAAUUAGUUAAGUUUCACACUCUCUGGAGCCAAAAGCUUUUUUAUAACUUCUGCCUGAUGUUCAAUCAUUUUUUGAGCGGUAAUAUUCCAAGGGCAAAUUAAUGGUGAACCUUUCUUCUAAUGGCAAAAUAUUUUCAUUUUCAUUUUCCCAACUCCCAGGGUUAAAUGAAAGGAUACACAGCUAAUGACAUGAUUUCGGUUCAACACCUUCGACGUGGAAUUGUCCUCAAUUGCCAGGUUAAAGUAUAGUUUGACUCUUUGCAGAUAAACCUUGACCAUGGUUGUCAUUAAAAACUGAUAAGUGCCCGACUGGCUGUGACUUCAGGUCAGCGUCUUCCUGUCAAACCUCACACUGUCACUACGGCAGCAAAUUGGCAAAGUAAGGUUUGAAGUCUGUCAGAGGGAAGCUCCUCCCCAACCCAAUUAAAGCGCUUAAUAUGAGUGGGCCGAGCCCGCUCACCUGCAGGACAACGUGCGUCUUGGGCUCGAUCUGCGAACAGCAUGAGGGCUCUUAAGGAAAAGGUCUUUGUUUUUUCACUUCUUCUCUUCCUGGUCUUCAACACGGAGGUCAGCCCGCUCCCGCUGUCUAAGGACUGGAGUGGCUUGAUUCAGCGGACCAAGCGCUCCCUGCUGUGGCGCUGGAACAGCAUGAAGCCUGUUGGUGCCAGCUGCAGGGACCACUCCGAGUGUGGCACCAAGUACUGCAGGAAAAGUAUUUGUUCCUUCUGGAACUCCACCUAAAGCAGAUAUUCACAUUCAGGACUCCAUCGCCUGCCAGCAGGACCGCAUCGACGUGUCUCUGCUCUGAUACAGAGGCUUGAAUUGGAGACAUGCUGGAUGUUUAUUAGACUCCUGUCAACGUAAUCUGAUUUGGCACCGGACGGCAAAAAAACAAGGCUAUAAAUGCUGAAGCUGCAUGUUUACACAAAUGUCCCCAAGCACAGAUACUGACUUUUAAUUCUGGGAGGUUGUAUCAAGCUGAAUAUGUUUUAAUAAGAAAAUACAAAUAUUCAUGCAAGGUUGAGGUGCUCUGAGUUCAUUGGUUCAGGUUGUUUGUAAUGUAAAUAUGCAGAUAUAUUUUUAUUUUACUUUAUUCAUAUUGUUGUCAGAAAUAGGAAAAUACUAAACUAAUUAAAAUAUUACUCACAGUUCUCCCACUUAUUCAAUGCAAGUGGGAAAAGGCUGUUGGUUGAUAAAGAAUAUUGAAAAUACCCCCAUUGCAAAAUACCGUUGCAAUGAAAUAUUUUUGUUUAUUCAUGAGAUCUGAUGGUCACGUCCCCAUUGGUCUCCAUACAAGCGUUGUCCAACGUUUUUUGCAUGUUUAAAUAUUUAUUUUUUUGUACUGGUGUUAUUUGUUUUUUUUUCCAACAAAACUGCUCAAUAAAUAACCCAAAAAAUUUAAAAACAUUAUGCAAGUUAAGAUAAAUAUUGCACAUCUGUUUGAGAGAACGCAGACCUGACCUUAAAAGCCAUUUCUGACUUUUGCUAUAAAUAAAGCAGGGUUGAGGAUUGCGAGGAUAUUUUUAGGUCUGUCAACAUUUUGUAAAUGUGUGUUUUGGAGCCACCAGGUGCAUCUCUUGUUGAUUAAGAGAGCAGAAUGGUUAAAAAGGUGAUUGAUCUCUGAUGCAGUACUGAUAACUGGGGCUCACUCCAGUAAACAUAAGAGUUUGGUGCCUGGCUCAUUUCCCUGCUGAGAAUGAAUAGCAGAGUUAAAGGGACACAAGUACUCACAAACACCUGGUUAAUGAUAACACCAGCACCAUGACGAUGAUAUGUUUAAAAGGGGAAGUGGCUAUUGAGGGGAUAUCUACUGUACACAGUAAUACGACGCCCUUCAAAAUGAGCCAAACACUACUCGUUGUCUCCACUAGAGGGCGAGCGCAGACAGCAUGUGUGUGCUGUGCACCGACCGUAGCGUUUCUCUUUG